CACGGUGGUGACGGGGAAAUACCUAGGCAUGGAAGUGGCAUGACAGGGCUGGGGUCCCUGUCAUAUUUUCCACUCUCCAGGAGGUCCUGCACGCUUCAAUCCUGCAGGCAGCCCGGUUUGGGGAUGUGGUCCUUGCUGCUCUGCGGGUUGUCCAUCGCCCUUCCACUGUCUGUCACAGCAGAUGGAUGCAAGGACAUUUUUACGAAAAAUGAGAUGCUUUCAGCAAGACAGCCUUUUGCUUUUAAUUGUACAUUCCCUCCUAUAACAUCUGGGGAAGUCAGUGUAACAUGGUAUAAAAAUUCUAGCAAAAUCCCAGUGUCCAAAAUCAUACAGUCUAGAAUUCACCAGGACGAGACUUGGAUUUUGUUUCUCCCCAUGGAAUGGGGGGACUCAGGAGUCUACCAAUGUGUUUUAAAGGGUAGAGACAGCUGUCAUAGAAUACAUGUAAACCUAACUGUUUUUGAAAAACAUUGGUGUGACACUUCCAUAAGUGGUUUACCAAAUUUAUCAGAUGAGUACAAGCAAAUAUUGCAUCUUGGAAAAGAUGGUAGCCUCACAUGUCAUCUGCACUUCCCGAAGAGUUGUGUUUUGGGUCCAAUAAAGUGGUAUAAGGACUGUAACGAGAUUAAAGGGGAGCGGUUCACUGUUUUGCAAACCAGGCUUUCGGUGAGCAAUGUCUCAGCAGAGGACAGAGGGAACUACGCAUGUCAAGCCAUAUUGACACACUCAGGGAAGCAGUACGAGGUUUUAAAUGGCAUCACUGUGAGCAUCACAGAAAGAGCUGGAUAUGGAGGAAGUGUCCCUAAAAUCAUUUAUCCAAAAAAUAAUUCAAUCGAAGUACAGCUUGGUACCACCCUGAUUGUGGACUGCAAUAUAACAGACACGAAGGAUAAUACAAAUCUACGAUGCUGGAGAGUCAAUAACACUUUGGUGGAUGAUUACUAUGAUGAAUCCAAACGAAUCAGAGAAGGCGUGGAAACCCAUGUCUCUUUUCGGGAACAUAAUUUGUACACAGUAAACAUCACCUUCUUGGAAGUGAAAAUGGAAGAUUAUGGCCUUCCUUUCAUGUGCCACGCUGGAGUGUCCACAGCAUACAUUAUAUUACAGCUCCCGGCUCCAGAUUUUCGAGCUUACUUGAUAGGAGGGCUUAUCGCCUUGGUGGCUGUGGCUGUGUCUGUUGUGUACAUAUACAAUAUUUUUAAGAUUGACAUUGUUCUUUGGUAUCGAAGUGCCUUCCAUUCUACAGAGGCCAUAGAAGAUGGGAAGCUGUAUGAUGCCUAUGUCUUAUACCCCAAGCCCCACAAGGAAAGCCAGAGGCAUGCCGUGGAUGCCCUCGUGUUGAAGAUCCUGCCCAAGGUGUUGGAGAGACAAUGCGGAUAUAAGUUGUUUAUAUUCGGCAGAGAUGAAUUCCCUGGACAAGCCGUGGCCAAUGUCAUCGAUGAAAACGUUAAGCUGUGCAGGAGGCUGAUUGUCAUUGUGGUCCCCGAAUCGCUGGGCUUUGGCCUGUUGAAGAACCUGUCGGAAGAACAAAUCGCGGUCUAUAAUGCCCUGAUCCAGGACGGGAUGAAGGUUAUUCUCAUUGAGCUGGAGAAAAUCGAGGACUACACAGUCAUGCCGGAGUCAAUUCAGUACAUCAGACAGAAGCACGGUGCCAUCCGGUGGCAUGGGGACUUCACGGAGCAGUCACAGUGUGUGAAGACCAAGUUUUGGAAGACAGUGAGAUACCACAUGCCGCCCAGAAGGUGUCGGCCGUCUCCUCCGGUCCAGCUGCCACAGCACACACCUUGCUACCGCACCGCAGGCCCAAAACUAGGCUCAAGAAGAAAGAAGUGUACUCUUACGACUGGCUAAGAGUUGCUGGACUGACACCUAUGGCUGGAAGAUGACUUGUUUUGCUCCACAUCUCCUCAUUCCUACACCUAUUUUCUGCUGCAGGAUGAGGCUAGGGUUAGCGUUCUAGA